AUGGCCACACCCCAAGACUUACGAGUCGCCAUUCUGGGCGCUGGUAUGGGCGGUUUGACAACUGCUCUUGCGUUGGCGCAGCGUGGCUUUAAGAAUAUCGAUGUUUAUGAGAAUGCGCACGACCUUGGCUUUGUCGGCGCUGGUAUCCAGCUUGCGCCGAACAUGGCGCGUGUGCUGGAUGGGUUGGGUGUUUGGAAGUCCAUUGAGGCUGAAGCAGUGAAUAUCUCGGAUACCUCUGUUCGCGAGGGUGCCACCGACACCGAGCUCGCGCAUGUGGAUUUGAAUUAUAUCGAACAGGCCUACGGCUACAAGCACAUGGUCGGACACCGCUCGUCGCUGGCCGAUGGGCUCUACCAAGGCUGCUUGAAGCAGCCAGCCAUUAAGUUCCACUUCGCCACUACCGCACAGAACGUGGACUCCUUCGGCCCCAAGCCCUCAUUCACCGCGGUGCCGCGUGACGAGGCCCAGAAGCCAUACAAGGUCGAAUGCGACGUCCUUCUAUCGGCCGACGGCAUCAAGAGCCAAACCCGCGUGGAGAUCCUUAAGCGGCUGAACGUCGAUGUCGGCGUCAAGGAUACCAACCAGGCCGCGUACCGGAUUAUGAUCCACAAGGACCAAAUCAAGGACGACCCGGAGCUGCUGGCGCUAAUUAACAGCACGCGCGUAACCCGCUGGAUCGGCGAGAAGCGUCACAUCAUCGCCUACGCCGUCUCCAACAAUAACAUAUACAACCUGUCUACCACUCAGCCCGACACCAACUUCGCCGCGGCAACCAACGCCACCUACACCACCAAGGGCGACAAAGGCGCCAUGCUGGGCGUCUUUUCCGAUUUCUGCCCCAUGGUCCAGCGCAUGCUGAACUACGUCCCUGAGGGCGAGGUCUGCGAGUGGAAGCUGCGCGUCCACGACCCCCUCCCAACCUGGGUUCACGAGCAGGUCGCUCUCGUCGGCGACGCCUGCCAUCCCACCCUGCCCCAUCUGGCCCAGGGUGCUGCCCAGGCCAUCGAGGACGGCGCUGUCAUCGCCGUCGCUCUCUCCCGUCUGCCGGAUAUCAGCCCCGAGUCAAUUAACAAGGCCCUCCGCGUCUAUGAGAAGGUCCGCAAGGGUCGCGCUGAGGCCCUGGUCGAGAUGGCUGCUGCUUCUGGACGGGCUCUGCACUUGGGUGAUGGUGCCGCGAAGGCCGAGCGUGAUCGUCAGUUCGCGGCUCUUCGUGCUGGCGGCGGCAAGGGUCCUGUUCCGGAUAAGUGGGCUGAUGCCGAUGUCCAGCGGGAGAUUUACGGCUUUGACUGCACCAAGGUCACGGAGGAUAACUUUGAUGAGUACUUUUCUAAGCUGUAA